AUGGAGACUGAUGAAGUCACUGGCCCAAACCAAUAUAUAAAGAAGAACGGCCAGAUAAACUGUGACACACUUUUGCGCGGCCUCUACUGGGUAUGCAACCUCCAAAGUUCUCUCAGAGUAUGCGAGCAUCUACUGAAAAAUAUCUACUGCCUGAUCGAUCUCUGCACACUAACUUGGGAUAAACCAAAACCAAAGAAGCAACUGAAAUCCCGUCACAGUUACCGUCAAGCCCACGAAGACUCCACCCAGUCUUCAGCCACUCGACUCAAUGCCUCGAUUGGUAGACGAAACUACGGUCGAUAUGGUUCAUAUGCUCGAAGCAAAUCUGUUGCAAUUGCUGGUCUCUCUGCAGGUAGGAGGGCAUCUCAACUACGUUCCCGUGGAUCUUCCAUAGUUACCCAUGAAGAUUCCGGUAGCGUUGAAAAGCUCGUUAAGGUCACAAGUACUGGACGUCUGAUUCCCUUUGGUAAGACAAAAAAUCGCAGACAAACCCAGCUAGGUGAUGGCGGUGAACGUUCUGGAGAUGUAAGCUCGGAAGACGAAAAUAGUACAACAAGGAGUAUUCGAGGGCAUCAUGGACGUUCUACUAAUCCACGAAAAUCGGAUCGGUACCUAAAUGUGGACUGUAAUGCAUCGACUCAAGUUAGAUUCCAAUCUCGAAGACAGACACCUAAUAGACAGUCGACAAAUUUUUCAUCCCGAAGAGCUGCGGAGAUUCCUGCUAGUGGGCCUAUGCGUGUGUUGCCAAACCGAGUUCGGGUUGUGUUAAAGCGACCUCAAAGAAGGUCGAGGUUGAAUGGAAAUAUGCUGUCGUCACAGGAGAAAACUCCAACAAUGUUGGCCGAGGAGCAACAGCAAGCGACCAUCAACUUCAGUCUGAUCAUGGAAAUUCUUGUCAAGUCAGUAGCUUAA